UGGGGUUGGCUACGCGCUUCAUUCAGGAUCAAGAAGGCGAAGGAUUACGCUCCUGCAACCUGUAACGUCGCAACUCAGUCGGUAGCAGCUUUCAGCGCUCUCCCAAAAGCUUGCCGGAUACCGUGACGCGUGUAUGUUAGAGAUACUCUGUGCGCGAUCGUGAAUUCUGUACUUCGCGCGACAUAGAAUAUUCGUACAUUAUAGGGGUGCGUUCCGGAAAAUGUGUCUUACGUGUGGUUUUCUUGUGAUUUUUGGGCUGUUUCUUUGAAGAGGAUUUCCAAGAUGAGGCAGAGAAGAACUAAAGGGUUUAAAAGGACCGCGGUCGAUGACAUUGUUGAAGAGAGGCGGGUUGAAAAGCACCUGGGAAAUUGCAGUCGUGGAAAAUGUACAGGAGAACUGGCAUGUAAGGAAUUGGAAAACAACUUUUACUCAUGUGUAUGCCCCCAUGAUUCCAAAGCACCAAACCCAGAUGGCACAUGUCCUAGAUACACAGUUCCCCUUCAACCAGGAUUGAUACCAAAUGUCCUCCCACCUUCAAACAAUAAUGAAGAGACAAAUAGCAGCAGUAGAUUACCAGAUACGACUCCAUCUGUUCAACAUUCGAUAGCCGAACCAGUAUCUGCAAACCAAAUAGAUUACUACAUAGUGGGUGGAGGCAUAUCCCUUUUCCUCGUCCUAGUGUUGCUCUUUGGUUUGAUCCUCAGGAGAAAAUGCUGUUCCAGAAAUCGACAUGACUCUAUUGCGUCUCCGGUGAACCUCAAGUCUAACCUGCUGAUGUCGAAACGAUACGCUCCAAAUCCUCAGUACACUGCCUGUGCAGGAACUGGAGUGCCUUUGCUGAAGAAGGAAACUUUGAAGUUUAUGCAAGAGAUUGGCGAAGGAUGCUUCGGGAAAGUUUACAAAGGUCAUUAUAUCCUAGACGGAGGAAGCAGGGUCGAGGUGGUCGCUAUCAAAGUGCUCAAGGAGAACGCUUCCAAAGAGGCUGAAGAUGAUUUUCUACGAGAGGUGGAAAUUAUGAGCGCCUUCCGUCAUCCCAACAUCCUUUCACUGCUGGGUGUCGUACCAAGAGAAGGAAAUCUGAACCCGAUGAUGGUGUUCGAGUUCAUGACGCACGGUGACCUGGCGGAGCUACUGCGGUCUCAGAAAAAGACCUUCUACGACCCUGAAGCCGAGGAGAUCCCUGUCCUCUCCGACGCCGAUCUGCUGGACAUAGCUCUGCAGAUAGCGAAGGGCAUGAGCUAUCUUGCCAACCAAAGGUUCGUCCAUAGGGAUUUGGCCUGCAGGAAUUGCUUGGUGUCUCAAGGACCUGUCGUUAAAAUAGCCGAUUUUGGAAUGAGCAGAGAUGUGUAUACUUGUGACUAUUAUAAGAUUGGCGGCUCCAGGCUGCUCCCAGUGAGGUGGAUGUCACCAGAAAGCGUAGUCUACGGCCGGUUCACCCUAGAAUCGGACAUCUGGUCCUACGGGGUGGUCCUGUGGGAGAUCUACAGCUUCGCCAAGCAGCCCUACUUCGGCCACACCAACGAAGAAGUGGUCAAAUUCAUCCUGGACGGCAUCAUGCUGAUACCUCCCACAGACUGCCCUUCGAUAGUGUGCGACCUGAUGAAGAACUGUUGGAAGACGGAACCGAGGGACAGGAUAAGGUUCGUCAACAUCUGCGACAAGCUGGAGGUUGCCUAUCAGGAGUGUCUGAACACGCAACUGCACAUUGAGAACGAGGUUAGAGGAGGAUGCAAAGCCGAAGAAUCAGAUUUCAAAGAAAAAUCCUGCAAGACCUUACCAAGGCCGCCACCAUUCCCCAAGCUUCUGCAAGAAGACGCAUUGGACACUGAAGGUUAUCUUCUACAAAGAGAAAUGGAGGUGGUUCAUUAUCUAGAGACUUUACCAGGAUGAUGGAAUUCAAAAAAAAUCGGAAAAUCUCAAUACAUGUUCAUAGACUGAUUUUUGAUUAUUUUUCCUUAUAUUAAGGACUUGGUCCGAGGAAUUAUUUCAUUAAUUCGUUGAUAAUUUAUGACCCCAAAGACUAGAACAAUACGGAUACGUCGAUAAAAAUCAGUUAUUUCAAUAAUUGUUGUGAAUAUAACACUUGAAUUCAUCGAUCAAACAUCAUCACAAAAUAUUUCGGUUAUGCCGUUGAUAUUCUAACAUGAAAUUUCGAAUUAUCGUUGAAUGCUGAAGAAUAAAGGAUCUUGCAGGGUACAAUGUUCUGAGUGCCUUCCUAUAUCGUUCUUUGUCAAAAAUGGUAUUCAAUUCUAAGUCUUAAUCUAUUCAAAUCAGGUAACAUUGUGAGAAUCGUAAAACUGACAAUUUUUAAAUAUUUGAUUUGUCCCAGAUAUCCUGCCACUUUAUCAAAAACUCUUUGACGUUUUAUAAUUGUUAAAAAUGUAUAUUGUGAAAAUUAUUUGUGAUGUUAUAUAUGUAUUUAUUGUGAAAAAUAUAUGUUUCCCAAAAAGUUCUA